AUGCCUGAGUUCAAGAUUUCUGCGACUCUGGAAGGUCACGGCGAUGAUGUUCGCGCCGUGGCCUUCCCAAACCCCAAUGUCGUACUUUCCGCCUCUCGUGAUGCAACCGUUCGCCUGUGGAAGCUUGUCUCGACCCCACCCCCAACCUUCGAUUACACCAUCACAACCCAUGGCCAGGCCUUUAUCAACAGCUUAGCAUACCUUUCCCCAACCUCUGCCUUUCCGGACGGUCUGAUUCUAUCUGGUGGCCAAGAUACAAUCAUCGAAGCGCGACAGCCUGGCAAAGCGGCAGACGAUAAUGCCGAUGCCAUGCUGCUUGGGCAUGGUCAUAAUGUCUGCGCAUUAGACGUGUCACCAGACGGGGAGUGGAUAGUAAGUGGGAGUUGGGAUUCAACAGCUCGUCUCUGGAACGUUGGGAAAUGGGAAGCAGAUUUGACAUUGGAUGGCCACGAAGCAACCGUUUGGGCUGUCCUCGCCUAUGAUAAGAACACUAUCAUUACCGGCUGUGCCGAUAAAAUGAUUCGCAUAUUCAAUACCUCCGGCACCCUCCUCAGCAGUUUCCAGAACUCUAACGAUGUCGUUCGCGCGCUAUGCAAGGUGCCAGCCUCGAACCCGACGGGGGCGCAGUUUGCUACGGCCAGUAACGAUGGCACUAUUCGACUUUACACAUUAACAGGCGACCUUGUUGCCUCCCUCCACGGUCAUGAGAGCUUCGUAUACUCCCUUGCUGCGCUACCCUCGGGUGAGCUGGUAAGCUCAGGCGAGGAUCGCACCGUCAGGGUAUGGCAGGGCACUCAAUGCAUUCAGACGAUCACACACCCAGCCACCUCGGUAUGGAGUGUCGCUGUGUGCAAUGAGAAUGGCGAUAUUGUCACGGGUGCCAGCGACCGCAUUGCGCGUGUCUUCAGCCGAAGUCCCGACCGCCAUGCCGCGCCCGAAGUUGUACAGCAAUUUGAACAAGCCGUCAAGGAGUCGGCGAUCCCAGCACAACAAGUGGGCAAUAUUAAUAAAGAGCAACUUCCUGGGCCCGAUUUUCUGAAACAGAAGUCGGGGACAAAAGAUGGUCAGAUCCAAAUGAUUCAUGAAACGGAUGGAAGUGUUACUGCCCACACUUGGUCCUCCGCAACCCAGGAAUGGAUUGCUGUGGGUACGGUAGUUGAUUCCGCAGGAAGCAAUGGGCGCAAGAACUCUUAUCAGGGGCAGGACUACGACUAUGUCUUUGAUGUCGAUAUUGAGGAUGGCAAGCCUCCUCUCAAGCUCCCAUACAAUGUCUCCCAAAACCCAUAUGAAGCGGCGACCAAAUUCAUCCAGGACAACGAGUUACCCAUAUCCUACCUCGACCAAGUCGCCAAUUUUAUAACGCAAAAUACCCAGGGUGCAACGCUCGGUCGGUCUCAGGAACCCACGCAUGAAGGUGCAGAUCCAUGGGGCACAGAGCGACGGUAUCGCCCUGGCGAUGCGUCCACUGAUGAAGCUGCUCCACCACCUGCUCCGGAGCCCCGUCCGCAAGUCCUCCCGCAAAAGACCUAUCUGUCAAUUCGAUCUGCGAACCUAAAGAUUAUUGUAAAGAAACUUAAGGAAUUGAAUGAUAAGUUCCUUUCAGAAGGUGAAAAGGGCAAAGCUUUGAGUCCCUCAGAAGUGGAAUCUGUUGUCGCUUUAUGUGAGGAACUAGAAUCCUCUCAGCAGCUUACCGAUUCGCCGGCAGUUCAAGCUGGUGUCCCCUUGAUACUCAAGAUCGCUACUUCGUGGCCCACUGCCAACAGGCUUCCCGGGUUGGAUCUCCUACGUCUGCUGGCUGCAGCCUCAUCAUACACCGCGACCGCAGAAUUUGACGGCGAAGAUGCCGUCUCAGCUAUUCUGUCUAGCGGCGUUUUUGACGCUCCUCUCAAUGUCAAUAAUGCAAUGCUUUCGAUCCGAACGUUCGCCAAUCUCUUUGAGACGGCCGAGGGCCGAUGCCUUGCCCUCGAAAGAUUCGAUCAGAUUGUGGCUGGUGUGAAAUGCUCCCUGGCAAACAGUGGAGACUCACCCAACCGUAACCUCACCAUCGCCAUCGCCACUCUGUACAUCAAUUUUGCUGUAUACCUUACCUCUGAGGGCCGAGAACAGAACCCUGAAUCGGCCGAGAGAGGCUUAGUACUUCUGGAGGAGGUGAUCAGAAUUGUCUUUGGAGAGAAGGAUUCCGAGGUAGUCUACCGCGGCCUUGUCGCAUUGGGUACUCUGACCAAAGCUCUGGGAUCGGAAGUUGACAGUGCCGCGAAAGAAGUCUAUGAAAUUGAAAAGGUUCUUUCCAAAGUGGCUCUGUCCGGCCCUGGCAAAGAGCCGCGGAUCAAGGGCAUCAUCGGCGAGAUAAGGGAGGCUUUCUAA